AUGGCUACAGACUCGGGAUCUCCAGCUAAGCUGCGAGUUGCUAUAAUUGGGGCCGGCCCAGCAGGCCUUGGAGCGGCUAUUGAAUUUGCCAAACUACCCUUUGUUGAAUUACGUGUCUACGAGCAGGCCCGGGAGCUUCGGGAAGUCGGUGCAGGAAUCAGCAUUCAACAGAAUACGUGGCGCAUGCUCGAUAUAUUUGGGGUGUAUGACAAUGUCGAUCCAAAAGACUUGUUUCGUCCUGCAGAUGGACAUGCAGUUCAGCAUCGAAACGGGAAGACUGGGGAGCUAUUGUUGUCAAAGGGACAGGAAGGCACACCUUCUCGCUAUCUUCAUGCUCGCACGCUUCGCUCCGUACUUCAACAAGCUCUACUGAAAGGUGUUGACAAAUCAAAGCUACGACUCUCAAGUCGACUGGUAGAAGUGUCUCAGCUUCCCUCAGAAGCAUUCUUCCUACGCUUUGAAGACGGCCACACCGACGAGGUGGAUCUUCUUGUUGGAGCUGAUGGUGUCCGAUCAGUCGUCCGACAAUUCGCCCACCCUGAACACCGUCUUAAGUACAUCGGAACCACGGCAUAUCGCGCACUCGCAGAUGCCCGCGAUAUCCUAAGCAUACCUGGAAUCCCAGACUCAGUGACCUUCUGGCAUGGACCAGCCGAUCGUCUCUACACCUGCAACCUGAACAACAACGUUUAUGAGAUCGCCGCGCGAGUUCCUCAGACUGCAGAGACUGCUCCAGUGAGUUGGGGACAGGAUGCGAGCGUAGACGAGUUCAGCUGGAGAUACAAAGAUUUUUCGCCUGCUCUGCAGAGCGUACUAGAUAAGAUCAAGGUUGUCAAGAAGUUCGCGCUUUUCUCCGGACCACGGUUGUCGAGCGUUAUCUCUCAUGGAUCGAUCGCACUUGUCGGGGACGCAUCGCAUCCUCUUUCCGGUGCAUUCGGCGCCGGCGCUGGCUUCGCACUCGAGGACGUCUAUGUACUUACGCGCGCCGUGAAGUGGGCCCACGAGCGCGGACUGCCAAUACAAGAUGGACUGGAACUGUUCGAUGGGGUUCGAGCGCCACAUUAUGCUGCCAUGUAUGACAUUUUGGAUGGCUAUGGGAAGUCGGACGUUUCGGUUAGAAAAACGGACGACUUCGACGAAGCGGUAUCGCUGAUUGUUGCGAAUAAGUGGGAUGAUGAUCACGGAUGGUUGUAUCGCUAUAAUGUCGAGGAGGCGUGGAGGGAAACUUACGAAGCCGAAGAUGCUCGGCGCGCGGCGGUGGAGCAGUCGGGUCGUGGAGAAGAGUUGAAUUCUCGGCUGUAG